AUGGCUACAAAAAUGGCAUUACCAUCGUCCGCAUACAACCUGCCCUUUCGAUCCUGCUCGCAAUGUCUCCGCCACCCACCACGCAUUCCCCGAUAUCACCAACGAUUCCUGAACACGUCGUCCCCGCUCCGCUCCUCCGCGCCGGCAGCAAAAAAUCCCCUCCGCUCCUCCCAAAGCAGCCAUGCGAGGGAACAGGAGAUCGCGCAAUACCGACGAUCCAUGCUCGUCUCCGCGGUCGGAAUCGUCGUGUGCGCUGUGGGAAUGUACGGUGUUAUCAAGACGGAUGUUUUCGGUGCCUCGCUAGCGAAGCAGGAUUCGAAAGACAAGAGAAAAGAUGAAAAGACGGACAUCGGCACAGUCCGGUUAGAUGGCCCCGGCUCCAGCACCUCAUUUCCAGGUACUUCUGUGAUUCGGAUACCGGGUCAGGAUGAUGCCCUGCAACAGGUGCCGACAGGGAAUAGCUCGGUCCCCUUCUUUCCGACCACCAUCAGACUUCCGCGGACGUUGGCAUCGGAUUCACCUGCGGAAGAACUAAAUCUUAAACCCGGAGAGGAGGUACCGACUUCCUCGCGGGAUGAAGAGGAGUACCAGCUUCUAGGUCUGGGUAUUCGCACCGUAUCGUUCUUGAAGAUCCAGGUCUACGCCGUGGGGUUGUACGUCGCCAAGUCCGAUAUCCCAGAACUCCAGAAACUGCUCGUCCGCACCGCUAUCCGGCCGCCGGGUCAGGAGAAGACGAAUACGGAUGCCUUCAUUGCUGAUGCGGCGACUUCGUUGGUCCCCGGGGAGAGACAGCAAUUGAAGGAUCUCCUGCUGGACCCGGAGCAGAGCAAUGAGGCGUGGAACGAGAUUUUCAAGAAGAGCCAGAAGAAACAGGAUGAGGGUAUCCGGACCGUCCUCCGGAUUGUUCCUACGAGGAAUACGGAUUUCAUGCAUCUCCGCGAUGGGUGGGUGCGUGGAAUCACCGCGCGCGCGUCUGCAGCGCAGAAGGCACAGAAUCCGGAGUUCCAGGAUGAGUCCUUCGGGACUGCACUGAAUGAUUUCAAGACUGUCUUCGGUGGGGGUCUACGCAAGAGCGUUCCCAAGGGACAGCCGCUGUUGCUUCAUCGAAACACACACGGAGUAUUUGAUGCGCUUUACGAGCCUGAUCCUGCACAGCCCUUGAGGUGGAUGGGCAGAGUACAUGACGAGCGAAUCAGCCGGUUAGUCUGGCUACAUUACCUUGGCGGGAAGACCGUGGCAAGUGAGGCAGCGAGACAGAGUGUCGUAGAGGGCGUGAUGGGAGUGGUGGAGAGGCCUGUUGGGACUGUUUGA